AUGUGUGAGAUGACCACAGGAGUCGUGCUUCUAGGGAGGUCACCUAAGGCCGAAGCUGAGUGUGCUCUGCAAAGGGUCGUGGUGGUUGAUCGGCUCUGCCGUGGCGUCAUCACCUACAUUGGUUCCAGCGGCUCUUCCCCGAGCCGCACCAGCCCCGAGUCCCUCUACAGCGACAGCUCGAAUGGAAGCUUCCAGUCCCUGACCCAAGGCUGCCCCACCUACUUCCCACCAUCCCCCACUGGCUCCCUCACCCAGGACCCAGCUCGCUGCUUUGGGAGCAUCCCACCCAGCUUGCGCGAUGAUGGCUCUCCCUCUUCAUCUUCUUCAUCGUCCUCCUCCUCCUCCUUCUAUAACGGGAGCCCCCCGAGUGGUCUACAAGUGGCCCUGGAGGACAGCAGCCGCGUGUCCCCCAGCAAGAGCACCAGCAGCAUCACCAAGCUCAACGGCAUGGUGCUGCUGUGUAAAGUGUGUGGAGACGUUGCCUCGGGCUUCCACUAUGGUGUGCACGCCUGUGAGGGCUGUAAGGGCUUUUUCCGCCGGAGCAUCCAGCAGAACAUCCAGUACAAAAGGUGUCUGAAAAACGAGAGCUGCUCCAUCGUCCGCAUCAAUCGCAACCGCUGCCAGCAGUGUCGCUUCAAAAAGUGUCUCUCCGUGGGCAUGUCCAGAGAUGCUGUGCGUUUUGGGCGCAUACCCAAGCGGGAGAAGCAGCGGAUGCUCGCCGAGAUGCAGAGCGCCAUGAACCUGGCCAACAACCAACUGAGCAGCCAGUGCCCGAUGGAGACCUCGCCCGCCCAGCACCCAGCCCCAGGCCCCAUGGGCCCCUCACCAUCCCCCGCUCCAGCCCCCUCACCCCUGGUGGGCUUCUCCCAGUUCCCACAACAGCUGACACCGCCCCGAUCUCCAAGCCCGGAGCCCCGAGUGGAAGAUGUGAUAUCCCAGGUGGCCCGGGCCCACCGGGAGAUCUUCACCUAUGCCCACGACAAGCUGAGCUCACCUGGCAACUUCAAUGCCAACCACGUGUCCGCCAACCCGCCGGCCACCACCCCGCAUCGCUGGGAAAGCCAGGGCUGCCCGCCUGUUCCCAAUGACAACAUCAUGGCCGCGCAGCGUCAUAACGAGGCCCUGAAUGGUUUACACCAGGCUCCCUCCUACCCUCCCGCCUGGCCCCCUGGCCCUGCCCAGCACAGCUGCCACCAGCCCAACAGCAAUGGGCACCGUCUCUGCCCCACCCACGUGUACCCAGCCCCAGAAGGCGAAGCACCUGCCAACAGUCCAUGGCAGGGCAACUCCAAGAACGUCCUGCUGGCAUGUCCGAUGAACAUGUACCCGCAUGGAUGCAGCGGGCGAACCGUGCAAGAGAUCUGGGAGGACUUCUCCAUGAGUUUCACACCUGCUGUGCGGGAGGUGGUAGAGUUUGCCAAGCACAUCCCAGGCUUCCGUGACCUUUCUCAGCACGACCAGGUCACUCUGCUGAAGGCUGGCACCUUUGAGGUGCUGAUGGUGCGCUUCGCGUCGCUGUUCAACGUGAAGGACCAGACAGUGAUGUUCCUGAGCCGCACCACCUACAGCCUGCAGGAGCUCAGCGCCAUGGGCAUGGGCGACCUGCUCAACGCCAUGUUCGACUUCAGCGAGAAGCUCAACUCCCUGGCGCUCACCGAGGAGGAGCUGGGCCUCUUCACCGCGGUGGUGCUGGUCUCUGCAGUUCGGUUGAACACACCUUUUAUGGAGUACCUACUCUAG